UUAUAAUUUAGAGAGGGAGUUGUUUAAGGCUUAAUUAUUUUGCGCAUGUGUCCUUUGGUUAGAAUAAGGUUGUUGAGGUCACUUGAUUUUCUCGAGGUGGAACUAAUUGAAAACUAGAUUUUCAAGAACAAACUGCUGUCAUGUAUGCAUGUGCAAGAUACACCUGUCCGGUUGCCAGAUCUCUGAUCCUUGCAAGACCUGUAGUUUCCACAGCAUUUAAUGGCUCUAUCAGCUGUGAGAAUUCAAACAGACAGUUGGCCACCCAGAAAUCAGCUGGACUUACUUUAGCUGCACCAAGCCUGUUUAUGAAUCAAGUAACCAGACUUCUGCAAACAAGUGCUACACAAAGGGAUAUUGACUCAGCAGCCAAGUUUAUUGGUGCUGGUGCUGCAACUGUUGGAGUAGCUGGAUCAGGAGCUGGUAUUGGAAGUGUAUUUGGCAGCUUAAUCAUUGGCUAUGCCCGGAAUCCAUCCCUGAAACAACAGCUCUUUUCAUAUGCCAUUCUAGGGUUUGCUCUCUCAGAAGCUAUGGGACUUUUCUGUCUUAUGAUGGCUUUCUUGUUGCUCUUUGCUUUUUGAUUAUUACUACAGUUUAAAACAAAUAGUUUUUGUUUUUAAUUGUAGCACAUUUAAAAAUGAGGGAAUGAAAGGAUCAGAUAAAGCAAAAACUUGUAAUUGCACACAAUCCUGGGUAUUGUAGCUGAAAUAAAAAUUGAAAUUUAUAGGUCAUCCACAUAGUGUCAUAUAAUUUGUAGUUGACUGUAAACUUGGUUCUGAAUAAAAAGAAUGUUGAACAAAGAAAUGUAUUCAUAAA